GGAAUCACUUUUAACUUCCAUUUAAUACACUCCUCGUCAACUUUAGGGUUCUUCCCACUCCAAAAACGAUCGAUCUAUCUGAAUCAUCUCAUCUCCGUUUCAAUUGCUAGAGAAGAGAUGGGUCAGAUCCAGUACUCUGACAAAUACUUCGACGAUACUUUCGAGUACAGGCACGUCGUGCUUCCUCCUGACACCGCUAAGCUUCUCCCGAAGAAUCGUCUUCUCUCCGAAAAUGAGUGGCGUGCGAUAGGAGUGCAGCAGAGCCGUGGAUGGGUCCAUUACGCCAUUCAUCGUCCAGAGCCACACAUCAUGCUCUUCAGGAGGACUCUCAAUUACCAGCAGCAGCAGGAGAACCAUGCUCAAAACGUGCUCGCUAAGUGAUUCUGAGUUGUUGUGCUACAAAAACAUUGGCUGUUGUUACUUGUUAUGUUUCUUGUAAACAUUGUUUGUGAGCCACCUCUAAUAACUUUGUGUUCAUGUUAUCUUUGUUGGAGUUGGAGAAAAACUUGUGAGUGAUAAAACUGACUACUUUGAUGUUUUGCAUUGUUUGAUAUAAUCGUGUUUCUUCUUC